CACACAGUCGACGGGAUCGCUGUGGAACUCAAACGGACUGUUGCAAAAAAAGAAAGUAAUGAGCCCAAAAAAUUUGCCAAUGCCAUGGGGAAGAAAAUAUUUGUUGGUGGCUUGAAGAAUGACAUUUUCGAGUUCCAACUCACUCAAUACUUCUCUCAGUUUGGUCAAGUUGAGAAGUCGGAAAUCAUGGUAGAUCUGGAGACCAGAAAGUAUCGAGGAUUUGGCUUUGUGCACUUCACAGAUGCCUCAGCAGCAGACAAAGCUGUGCUUGUGAAGUUACACACAGUCAAUGGACACCAAGUUGAAGUGAAGAAAGCUUUGACUAAACAAGAAAUACAGGGUGAAGACAAAAGGUCUCCAGGAGUCAUGGGGGGAAACCAAUAUGGCUUAGAUUAUCCCGGAAACAACACAUAUGGCGUCUCACACGGCCCCGAGAAUUCUGACCAGGAAAGCUCUUACGCUGGAUACAAUGGCUAUGGAAAUGGCGCAGGAUAUAUCGGUAACGAGGGAUAUGGCGGCUUACACACAGUUGACGGUAACAUGGUGGAAGCCAAACAGACCGUUGAAAAAACACAAUGUAACGAGCCUGAACCUCCUGCCAAUGGCAUGAGGAAUAAAACCUUUGUUGGUGGCUUGAAGAAUGACAUCUUUGAGUUCCACCUCACCCAAUACUUCUCUCAGUAUGGUCAAGUCGAGAAGUCUGAAAUCAUGAAAGACAUGUGUUAGAAAAUAUUUUUGUGGGGGUGCAGUGAG